AGUAGAAGAAGAAGAAGCAAGGGGCAGGCAGCUGGUGACAGCCGAAGUGUACCAUUCCCCCCACCCCCCUCAGCACUCUGUUAACUGGAUCAAACGGAGAAAUUGCCGGACAGCUCGAUGGAAAUACUAUAGUAACGUUUGCUGAUAGUCGGCGAUUACAUUUUAUAACUUUGACCGGACAGCACUAGCGUUUGUAGGCGAGUCCAAGUAGUGUUAUCGUUGCCGCUUGCGGCAAACUGAGUUAACACUGUUGCUUCGAGUUUUAGCAUAGGUAACGUUACCGUUAGCUGUCUAGCAAGCAAAAGCUAAAUAACUUCAGUGUUUACGGUCCCAUCGGAUUGCCAGCUUCGACAGUCUGCCAGGUUAUCGACAAAGCCGUCAGGUUGUCGGCUACUCGGUAAAGAUGGGUGACAUAAACCCAUCGACAUCCCAUGCAUUUCAGUCGGAGGGUUUCAGUCCGCCGUACAGGAGGAGGAGGACAGUGGAGGAUUUUAACAAGUUUUGCACUUUUGUUCUGGCAUAUGCCGGUUACAUCCCAUACCCCCAAGAGGACUCUCCACUGCGCAGUAGCUAGCCCCCGAACAGUACAGGCAGCACAGCCGACAGUGAUGGCUGGACCCCAGGACCAGCAUCUUCCUGCCCCCAACGCCCCCUGAAGGGCCCCCAGGAUAGGAGCAGGAAGCGUCCACAGCCAGGACCCAUUCUGUCCAGCCACGCCAAGAAAGAUCACACAAUCACUACCCUGCAUCCAGAUGAUCGCAGGAAAGCUGACAAGCUGAAGAAGAAGAAGAGGAGGAAGGAGAGGGAGCAUCAGUCUGUUGAAGAACGUGGGGCUCACUCAGCAGUCCCAGAGCUGCAGUGCCCGCUUUCCUUUGGCGGCCGAACAAUCAAAGAAGAGCCAGAAGAUGACAUCAGCAUUCCCCUCCACCCCCAGUGCGUGCCUAGCCCGUCCCCUUGCAAAGAGGAACCCAAGGAAGAGCGUCGAUACUGGGACGGACGAGACCUUGAGGAAGGGGUGGUAAAGAUACAGAAGGUGGAGGGCUUUUCAGGAAACAGAACAGUGUUCCGCCAGGGGAAGCAGGUGGUGUUCCGAGACGAAGAUGGCUCAGGGGAGGAUGAGGAUAUAAUGGUAGACUCUGAUGAUGACUCGUGGGACCUGGUGACGUGUUUCUGCAUGAAGCCUUUCGCGGGACGCGCCAUGAUCGAAUGUAACAAGUGCAACACCUGGAUCCACCUGUCAUGCGCUAAGAUCCGCAAGAGUCACGUGCCAGAGACAUACGUGUGCCAAAGCUGCCGAGAGACACACGGACCCCCAGACACUCGACGUUCCCACCGCUCGCGUGUGGGCACACGCAAACACAUGCUGGACUGACCCCAGGCCACAUCCUGAACUCUGACCCCUACCGCUCCUACUUUAACCCUCUACUGGACUGGCCCCUCCUCACAUUCAGGUCUUGCACCCUUCAGUCUCUCUCCUUCAAGGUUCAGCCAUGAACCCAUAUUUUCUACAAACAUUUUAGUGGACCUAUCCCGAGCCCUUAUCCCAUUUGAGAACAAUUUGAGUGCUAUUUUAGAUUUACUAAGGUUUGUUUCUGCUUCCUACAGACUCUGCGCGUAAGGCAAUCACUGAAUGGAUGUCUGUCUGUAGAUGACAUUAGCAUAGCAACAAACCGCUACUUUUGGGACUUGGUGUCUCGUGAACACUGGAAGCAUUUUGAACUGCCAUAUUGAGAAAAUAUUCUCACAACUGCCACCCACUAUGGUGCAUGCUGGGAUUUGUGGGAAAAAUGGUUUGCACUUUUUAAAAAAAAUCCACCUUUCUUUCAGAGACGGGUGUGUCUUUCUGAUCUGAUUAAACUGGAUUUGAUUUCUCUACGAUGCCUCUAUUGAUGUUACAUAAUUAACCAUUUAAAACAGGAAAACAAGUUGAGGCUUGUGUCAGUUGCUUCAGAUGGUGCUAUAGUAUUAAGCUGAGGUAUAAUCGAAUAGAACAAAGAUGUAGGAUAAGAAGCUAGAGUCUGCAUCUGCUUCAUCAGUUUGUUGUUCUGCUUUUCUUGUUUAAGACAUUUUCAAGAAUAUCAUUGAGGCCAUUAGCCCAUACAGCUGAACCAAGAUCUUGUCUUCCAGACACUGAUAUUCCUCUGAAUCAAGACGUUACUCAGCCAUACACAGAAGCUUUCACACUUUAUGUUUCUCAAAGUGUUUAAACAGUGUUCUUCGCUGACCAGAUUUGUUCCUAAUAAAGAAAUUGUUAUAUAACAGUUUAGAAAAAAAGAAAAGUUCAGAAAAUGACAAAAGUCAGGUUUUCAGUAUAAGUGUAUCCUGUUAUCUCUGGUCAGUAUGAUUUUAGUUAACCGCUUCAUGCUCUUGACAAAGUUUUCAGAGACAAAUAUAUUUAUAGAAGGGAACCACAGUUCUGUUUGGAGUACUGACAGGUGAAAAAAAAAAUGUAUCUUUAACUGGAACGGUGUCAGAACAGAAAUCUUCAAUUUUCAAUGAAGAUUUCCGAUUGAAAUUAUGCACGCGAGCGUUUUAAUAAGGGUGUUGGCGAUGCAUGUGCUGCUAUGAGUUGUCUGAACCGAUUUCCAUGGUGUUUUUUUUUUUUUUUUUUAACUUUGUUUUUUUUUUUUUUUUCUUCACGUCUUUUGCAAAGCACCAUUUAGGGAUGCACUGAUGUAUCAGCAACACACCGGUACUGGCCCAUGUUGGCCCUGUUGAGCUGUUUUUACACUUUUAACUCUGCACAACGUUGUGAGAAUCGGGGCUGUUGUCUACACUUGCCCUUUGACAUGUAGCAUACAGAUUUUUUUCUAUUAUAAGGAUUCAUUUGUCACCCUGGCCUAAAGUGAGUAAUGUUCAAUAAUAAUAAACGUAAAAAAUGGAAGUCAGAUUUUUAUUUUAAAUGUCUGUAUUGAUUCUGAAUUUUCAAAUCAGUGCACCCCUAGUACCAUGGUAGUGGUGGUUUGUCUCUGGAAGGUCAGAGCAGAAGAACAGAUCUCAGUCAGUAAUCGCCUCCCGUUAACAUUUUCAUUGCAGUAUUCGGUUCUAUGUGGAGUACCAUUGAUGGAAAAUUUGCUCCCGUUUGGAUAAAAAAAACUUUAAGCUUUGUUAUUCAUGUGCCAUCUGCUGUUGGGACUUGUGUGUUUCUGAACAUAUAUAUAUAUAUAAAUAAAUGCAUAAAAGCCAUACUGUAGAGUGACAGAUUUUAGACUCAGAUUCUUGGAUAUUUGUCCGUGAUGGGGUUUUACAAUGCAGAAUCAAAGAGUUGACCAGGGAACGACUAAAACAGACGAAGAAUGUUUGUUUGGUUUUUGGUUUUUGUUUUUUUGUAAAGAACAAGAAUUUCCAAGAACGAUUAAACUCGUCUGUGCACUCUCCUGGUAUUUACAAAUGUCGGUUAA